AUGAAUCUUCCAGCCGGCAGAGCAGUGGAUCCGAUCAUCUUCACUGAUUCCCGAUCCUCGCCAGUUGGCAAUGUCGGGUCCGCUGCCAGCAAUGAUUGUAGAGUACUAAAUGACGGCUGUGCUUGUGGCCACUCAUGUCACAGCUCACUCUCGUCUUCGUCUCAGUUCUCUCUGUAGUCCACCGAAUUCCUCUUCCGCCAUGCAAAUGCCCUUCAAAAUAUUGACUUGCCUCUAUCUCCCCUUGAUCCUUUCAGCCGUCUUCCUCCCGAUCGGCGGCAAGAAAACCCUAGGAACCCGCCGCGCCACCGUCCACUUCGAUGAAUCCCUAACCAACAUCUGGCCGCUGCCGAAGCAGUUCACCUCCGGUAAUCUUACGCUAUCCGUUGAUCCGGAUAUUACCGUCGAUGUUCAGGGACCCGGUGGGAGUUCCCCCAUCGUGCUGGAAGCGUUCGAGAGGUAUAGGAAUUUGGUUUUCAAGCAGCAGUCGGGGUAUGCUUUGGGGGAGCACGACGUCUCCAAGCUGACCGUCAUCGUUGCUUCGGAUAACGAUACGCUCCAACUUGGUGUGGACGAAAGUUAUACACUUUAUGUAUCUGAUGGUAGCGAAGGAGGUGGAGGAGGGAGGUUAUCGAUAGUUGGUGGGGUUUCAAUUGAGGCAAAUACAAUAUAUGGUGCACUGCGGGGUUUGGAGACUUUGAGCCAAUUGUGUACCUAUAAUUACAAAACAAAAACUGUAGAAGUGAACAAGGCCCCAUGGUACAUUCAUGAUGAACCCCGAUUUUCCUUCCGCGGGCUGCUUCUUGACAGCGCGAGACAUUUCCUGCCAGUAAACAUCAUCAAGCAAGUAAUUGAAUCUAUGUCAUAUGCUAAACUUAAUGUUCUUCAUUGGCACAUCAUAGAUGAAGAGUCUUUUCCUUUAGAGAUACCCACUUAUCCAAAUUUGUGGGAGGGUUCGUAUACGAAGUGGGAGAGAUACACGGUUGAGGAUGCUUAUGAAAUUGUUGAUUUUGCAAAAAGAAGAGGAAUUCAUGUAAUGGCUGAAGUCGAUGUCCCUGGUCAUACUGUGUCAUGGGGUGUUGGUUAUCCUGAUCUAUGGCCUUCUCCUAACUGUACAGAGCCCCUUGAUUUCACGAAGGAGUAUACAUUCGAUGUUAUUUCUGGAAUUUUGACAGAUUUGAGAAAAAUUUUCCCAUUUGAGCUAUUUCACCUAGGUGGUGAUGAAGUUCAUGAAGAUUGCUGGUUAUCUACUCCGCAUGUGAAGGACUGGCUUGAACAACGAAACAUGACAACAAAUGAUGCCUACCAGUACUUUGUAUUGAGAGCUCAAGAAAUUGCAUUAUCUCAUAACUGGAUCCCUGUCAACUGGGAAGAAACAUUUAACUCGUUUAACAAGAGCCUCAAUCCCCGGACUGUGGUGCAUAACUGGUUAGGACCUGGAGUUUGUCCAAAAGUUGUUGCAAAUGGUUUUAGAUGUAUUGUAAGCAAUCAAGGGGUGUGGUAUCUGGAUCAUCUAGAUGUUCCAUGGGAGAAAUUCUAUACCAAUGAACCAUUAGAUGGAAUUAAUGAUACCUUACAGCAAAAGCUUGUUUUAGGUGGAGAGGUUUGUAUGUGGGGAGAGACAGCUGAUACAUCUGAUGUUCUUCAAACAAUCUGGCCCCGCGCAGCUGCAGCUGCAGAACGUUUGUGGAGUCCAAGGGAGGCCACUAGUUCAGAAAAUUUGAAUGCGAGUGUUCUACCUCGGCUUCAACAUUUCAGAUGCUUGCUGAACUACCGUGGAGUCCCAGCUGCCCCGGUCACCAAUCUGUAUGCUCGUCAGCCUCCAAUUGGUGCAGGUUCAUGUUUCACUCAAUAAUUUAAAUUUGCUGAAAACUCUCCUUCCGAUUAAGGCUUCGUUUGGGACAGCUUCUUUGCGGCUUUCUAAAACAACUUUUUAGUUCAAAUUUUCUUGAAUUAGAAAAUUUUAUACUAAAAAGAAUAAAGUAGCAAAGAAGCUGCCCCAAACAAAGCCUAAUUAUUGUGUGAAGAUUCUAUUCCAUAUUGUAACAUAAAGAUGGGGAAUCUCAAGUACAUCACUGUGUUAUCCCUAUCAUACAAUAGUUUACAUUGGCAAAAUUCAUGAGUCCUGGAAUUGUGGGAAUGUUCAGAUCAUAAUAAUUCCCUGGACUCCUGUUUCGUUCAUCUUCAUGAAGGUUUCCUUUGACCUUUAUUUUAUGCCUAAUUUGAAGAACGUGCAUCUCCUUUCUUGCUUCAAAACGUUAUGCUCUCCCAGUAAGUCUGGUAUUUCUCAAUAAGUGAACUGGUUAUAAAUAAUGUGAUGCUCAAAGAAAUCUGUUGAUCCUGUA